AUCUGGUGCUUUCAUGGCUUGGAACGUGUUCAAGUUCUGCACUUCUCUGCGUGGACUUGGCUCUGUCAUGAUCCUCUUGGUCCUUGGGGUCGUUGGUGUUUCCUAUUAUGCGGUUGUGUUGACUAAUUUUGGACCUGCUUUGUAUAAUUCCGGUGGCAUUGCUUCUCUUUCUUCUUCCCUCGCUGUGUUGAUCUUGUUUCAUUCUUUGCUGGUUAUGUUAUUGUGGUGUUACUUUGCUGUUGUGUUUACGGAUCCGGGUAUUGUACCGCCUAACUGGAGGCCUACAGUUGAUGAAGAGAGAGGAGAGGCUGACCCAUUAAAUGGGGUAGAAUUAAGUAAUUUGCAAUCUGAUCCUUCAAACCAGCUGAUCCGGUACUGCCGGAAGUGUAGUCAGCCUAAGCCAGCUCGAUGCCAUCAUUGCUCUGUUUGUGGGCGUUGUGUGCUGAAGAUGGACCACCAUUGUAUCUGGGUAGUCAACUGUGUUGGUGCUCUAAAUUACAAGUAUUUCAUUCUAUUCUUGUUUUACACCUUUCUUGAGACUACUCUUGUGACUAUAUCAUUACUGCCAUAUUUCAUAGCAUUCUUUACUGAUGAAGAAAUUCCCGGAACACCUGGCACACUUGCCACAACUUUCCUUACUUUUGUUUUGAAUCUGGCCUUUUCGUUGAGUGUCUUCGGAUUUCUAAUCAUGCACCUAUCACUAGUAGCUGCAAAUACAACUACUAUUGAGGCAUACGAGAAGAAAACUACUCCAAAAUGGCGUUAUGACCUUGGUACUAGAAAAAAUUUUGAACAGGUUUUUGGGACAGACAAGAGAUACUGGUUUAUCCCUGCUUAUGCGGAAGAAAAUAUACGAAGGAUGCCAGCUCUUCAGGGUCUUGAGUAUCCAUUAAGACCCGACUUCGACUCCCAAGAGUGCUGAGAGCUAACAUUGCCACAGCUUGUAAAUAAUCUGAUCUCAUAGGCGGCAAUUCGUUUGUACAGGUAUGAUCAAUGUUGUUCUUUUGUGAGGGGCUCUUGUCCGAAUUUCAGAUGAAGGUUUUGACCUGUAAAUGUAUUCAAUUCCCGGAAGUGAUAUAGCUUUCUCAGUUUGGAUUACGAACAAUUAGUGUACUAGACACUUUCUGGAUGAGGGGAUCUGGAGAGGGUAGACGUGUGCAAAAAUAUCCUUGUAACAGGAUUAGGAACUGUAUGAUGAGGAUUCUUCUGUUUUUCAAUUUUUCUUUUUCUUUUUUACUAGUUAUUGGUCAUACACAUUUUUUAAUUUUUUUUCUUCUGAGUCAUUGUUGUAAAUAUCUGCAAACAUGAUACAUAAGGUAAUCAAAAAAGAUCCGUGUGUAAACAGUCUCACUGUGAAUAUGAUAUAUAAUAGGGUUCAAUGACGUUUUUUGAUCCA